UUUGCUUGCUGCUGCAGAAAUACUGGGAUUCAGGCAUCCCUCUGCCAAUUGUUUUUGUCGACUUUGCUACAUCACCAGAGGAGAGAUGUGGCAAGAUGGAUUGAAAGUUGGUGUGUUACGCAACCCAGUAAACCAUGCUGCUGAUGUUGCUGCUGCUCGUGUAUGAAGCCCGCCAUUUCUCGUUUAAAUUGAUAGCAACUGUGGCACAUAAUCAUCACAACUCGUUGAUGACAUUAAUGGACAUGCUUCAAAUGAAGUUAGCUGCUGAUAAACAAGAGCAAAAGAGCUAUAUCACUGUUGGUAAGCAAGGAACAAAGUUAAUCUCCGUGACUUCCUCUAUGCAUUGUGAAGAGUUGAAAAAAGCUGGCCUUGAAGAGUUGGAGAAAGUUGGUACACACCCCAGGUUUAGCCGAAUUGAGGCGAUUUAUGUAUCUAGCAAUCAAGAGACUGUUUAUCUCAUCACAAAGCAGUGGAAGACUCUGAGAUUUGAUGCCAAGUUUUGUGCCUUUGAAGUGCAACCUGGUGACAAUGCUGGGAACAAUGUGAAGCAACCAGAACAUCUUGCAGCUUACCGGCCAUUGGCUCUGUGGAAAAGAUACGAUUCCAACAAACUUUAUUUGGCUCCAAGAACCGUGUCUGAAUAAAAUGAGAGAAUCUCAGGAAGACAUUUGCUGACAAUGAAUGACAAUGAUUUCAGAGAUAUUGGACUAAAUAAGGGCACUAGGCUAGAUCUGUUACAUGCCAUAAAUAUUUUAAAUAAUUCACUUGAUUCAAGAGCUGCCAAUC